AUGGCAGUAAUCAGUUAUAUCAAAGACUUUCAAGUGCAUGAUCCUCAUAGAGUUGGCAAGAUAACUGUCCAAUUGCUUGGAAGGGUCAAUGAUUGUCGUGCCCUCACCUACAGACAAGACAUUAGGGCUGCAACCAUUGAGAAUUACAAGACACGCGCGCUACCAACACGUCAGUGGGGCUAUGUUGUUAUUACAACACCAAAUGGAGUUUUGGAUCACGAAGAAGCAAUGCGGCAAAAUGUGGGUGGUCAAGUUAUUGGCUACUUUUAUUGAACAAGUUUCAGUCAUGGACUGAAAGAGUAAGUUCUUUGUUUUCUACACCGUGACUUGCUGCUAGCAUAGGCAUUUGUCCUUUUCUCUAAGGCCUUAGAUGGAAGUUCACUGUCCUCUAUAUGGACUAUAGGGAAAGAAAACUACAAUUCAUGUCAGGUUUCCCUACAUUAAUCCUAGCCAAGUUUCUCAGCAAAACCAGUUUCUCUUACCUCUUUCAUGGUAACUGCUUUAGACUAUGUUUAUAUCAGCAUAUUAAGGGGUAAAAGCCUUUUCUCAUCAUGUUGGUUACUGAUACUGUAGCAAAGGUGAUCUGGCGUCUACGCUCUGAGAAUUUGGAAUAAAUAUAUACUCCAGUGUUGAUACAGAAAAGAUCGGACUGCGGUACAAGUUUUAGGACAGUAGAUUUAUACUUGGACGAUCUUGACAUGUGGUUGGUGUUUACCUGAGAAGCAAAAAAAGAGUAGCUAUUCGGAAAAAAAUGUUCUUGUUUGCGAACGGACAUGGCAGAAUUUAAAUCCGUUGGCUUAUAGCAAACUGCUUUCUGUCACCCCGGGUAUGCAAUAUUCCGAUAACAGAAGCUGCAAGAAUGGACUCAGCCAAGUGCAAUUUUAGCUGAUUCAGGUAUCAACCAUUUAGAGUAACAUAUCGUGGCACUUAAGUUAGCUCGUGAGGCUACAAAAGCCCAAUUAGACAAUUUCCAACAAUUCAUUUUCUGCUCACAAAUUGGAUACAAGUGUGAAGUAAAAAACGGACAGAGAGAAUUCAUCGGAACUUCUGAAAGACACAGAAAUGGCGCAAAGGGGGAAAUUUGGCAAGUGGACGGAAAAUCUACCAGGAUUGUUUUAAAAGGUCGAGAACCUUAAGAUAAUGCAUGUUAAGAUAAAUCCAUCUUUUCCGAGCAGCACGAUUA